UAACUUUUUUCCAAUCAUGUGACUUAUAUUCCCCAUUUUAAAGCUAUUUAUCCCUGAUUUUCUAAUUUAAAUAUAUGAAUUAUAGAAGUAUAUAAACACCCCAUUUGCUAACUUUAUAUGAUCAUUCCUUUUCCCAUUCUAUUUCCAUUUCUUCACUUCCUCUCCAAAUUAAUCCUUUCCUUCUUAUAAAAGGAAUAUAGCAUAACCAUUUUUUCUUAUAAUUUUACUUAAAUCCCAAUAUUUUCCAACUUUUUUUGUAAGAAUUUUCCUAGAAAAAUUCUUUCUUUUCUUAUAAUUUUACUUAAAUCCCAAUAUUUUCCACCUUUUUUUGUAAUAUUUUUCCUAGAAAAAUUCUUUUUUUUAGUGAUAUGAUGAAGAAAACAAACAACAACAAUGGUGGAAAGAUGGGAGGUCUUGAAUGGGAAAUGAGGCCAGGAGGAAUGUUAGUUCAAAAAAGGAAUUUAGAUUCCAAUACAAAUUAUCCCAUUCCCAUUCCUACAAUCAAAAUCUUAGUGAAAUUUGGGUCUUCAUACCAUCAAAUCCAGAUCAAUUCUAAUGCAAGUUUUGGGGAAUUGAAGAAAAUGUUAGCAGAAGUAACAGGAUUACAUCCUCAACAUCAAAAACUAAUCUUUAAAGACAAGGAAAGGGAAUCAAAUUCAUUCCUUGAUGUUUCUGGAGUUAAAGAAGGUUCUAGAAUUGUUUUGAUUCAAGAUAUAAUUAGCCUUGAAAAGAAGCUUCAAGAAUCUCGUAGAAAUUCGAAUAUGGAUUUGGCUUUGAAGUCUGUAACUCAGAUCACCAUGGAAGUUGAUAAACUUGUUUGCCAGGUAACAGCAAUUGAAUCAGUGAUUUGUAAAGGUGGAAGAGUUAAUGAAAAAGAAUUGUUGACUUUGAUUGAAUUGUUGAUGUCUCAAUUGAUUAAAUUGGAUGGAAUUGUAGCUGAUGGAGAUGUAAAGUUGAAAAGGAAAACUCAGGUUGUAAGAAUUCAGAAAUAUUUAGAAAUUUUGGAUGGAUUGAAAGCUGAGAAUGCAAGGCCAAUUAGGUAUGGUGGAAGUCAAGUUGGGUUGAUUGUGUCACAACAACAGCAAAGGACAUUACUAACACAACAACAAAGAGAACAGAGGAAUUUCUCCAAUGGACAACUUAUGUUGACUUCUAAAUGGGAAAAAUAUUGAUAAUUUUAGAACUUAAUUAAGAAUAAUCUUUAUACAAAUUAAUAAUGGAUUAUGGCAUUGUUAAGUAUAUGCUAUUAAUGCAUUCUAUUGCUAGACUUUUUGGAAAAAAAAAGUAAAAAGUCGGUGUAUAUAUAGCAUAUAGCGAGUAGUAUAGUACUGUUUUGUUUUGCUCAUUUUAUUAUAUUCAAAAUUCUAAUAUUUGAAUUUUCAAACAAGAAUGUAAUAGAAUGAGUGAGAUGGAAAAAUAGAACUAUGAAAAGUUAUUUUAAUUUUUAGGUAUAUAAAAUUGUUAUUUUGGUUAUUUUGUCCAUAUUUUUUUGUUGGUGUACGUAGUACCAUACUCUAUCUACCAAUCUUUUUUUUUAUGAAUCCAUCUAUGUGAAAAUUAUUUUAUUUUUAUUUAUAUUGAAUUCGUGUUGUUUCA